AUGGAUUGCCAGCCACAGACUAACACUGAAACUUGGAGUACAAUCAUGCUUCUACGGAAUCUAGACCAAGUAGAAGGGCUAUGCAAUGGAACAAGAUUAAUUGUGACCCAAUUAGGUGAAACAGUUAUAGAAGCAGAGAUACUAACCGGUCCAGGUGUUGGAAACACAUUUUUCAUUCCACGGAUUGUGAUGACUACACCCGAAACAAGUCUACCAUUUAUUCUUCAUCGGAGGCAGUUUCCAGUGAGAAUCUGUUAUGCCAUGACAAUAAAUAAAAGUCAGGGACAGGGCCUUCCAAAUGUAGGUGUAUACUUGGACAAUCCUGUGUUCUCGCAUGGCCAGCUUUAUGUGGUUGUUUCAAGGACAACUAGGCGGCAAGGUUUAAAAAUUUUGAUCAAAAAGAAUGGUAAUGAGCCAGAAGGAUAUACACAAAAUGUUGUGUAUAAAGAGAUAUUUGAAUACCUUUGA